AUCACAUACGGCUGAUUAAUUGUAUGUCGAAAACUUCUAACUCAUAAGUGAGAAAAUUAAGUCAAAGAUACAAAAAAAUAAGUUUGUUUCGAACUUCUACCUUUGCACGAACCACCGCGAAAACAUUACCGACUAUGAGUUUAUGCUAUGGAGAUGCGGCGGUAUUAGUUUUUCCUUUCCAAUUAAUUUUAGAAAAAACAACAUAUGAUCCCUUGUCAUUUAGUACUCCAUAGAUGAUGGCAUGGCGUUUGAUUUUUCCCGUUCUUGUUCUUUGUUAAUUAAUAAAGAAAUGGACGAGAUACAAGGUUUGGAUUGCCUUGGCCAAGAUGAAAUCAGUCGGCGCCACAUUCGUCAAAGGCAGAGAUAUGCCAGGUUUACACCAACACAAAGAGCAGAAUAUAUUCAGAAGACAAUGCAAAAUAGAAAGAGGAAAUGCAAUGCACAUUAUACUUCUCCAAACACAAAUCAUGGUUGUGAACUCUCAGAUGGGCAAACACAAAAUCCAUCACCACAUUUCCCUCUGGAGGACAACCUAAUGCAUUUCGAAACAAUCGGACAACGACUGCGGGAAGUCCAUCUUUCGCAACCACAUUAUCAUUUCCAAAUGGAGCAUGGAGGCUUUUCCCUGGCAACUGGAAACGAUGCAUCUUUUCGUAUCUAAUCGGCACGACGACAUCUAAACCGAUAUACUCCCAUGCAAACAUUGCUAAUAACAAGGAAAAAGGAAAGCCCCCUUCUGCACCCCCAUCUCCUCUCUCCCACUCUCUCAAUCAUUGGAUUCCUCCUAGCUUCAUACGUAACGAUUUAACUUCUUCAAAUUAAGGGCAGACAUUAAUCAUCAUGCAAUCCUGGUAACAUGAAUGAUGGUAUGCUCUCUCAAAUACAUUCUUUUAUGGGCUUUUACAGGUGCAACGUCAUCGGAUGGAAUCCGACAAAUAAGUAGU